AUGGGAGAAAUGGUAGAGAAUGGUCUUAAGACAGGCAAAAUUAUAAGUCAAGCAGUUCUUAAAGCCGCAACUCAGGCUGUCCAGGUUGAAUCUGAUAAUUUUAGUGACAUAAAUGAGAAGGAUGAAGAAAUCAUGAUGACAACAGGGUCGAGAAGAGGUCCCAGGAGAACACCUCGAAGGUGUGCGCAGCCUCAUCAGGUUUUCCAUGACUCCCCUGAGCAUUACUAUCCACUUCAGAACACACAAUACUCUGUUGCUCCACCUCAGUAUGUUGGCCAGCCACCAAAACACCCCAGAAGGCGAGCACCAGCACCGCAAAAUCUCCACCAGCCUCCACAAAAUUUUCAGGUGCCCUAUAACCCACAUCCAAGCCAGAGAAGAAUGUUCGAUGGCCCGCUAGCAAUAUGUUUGGGACCGGGGGAUACCAAGUAUGUUUUGAGGGAAGUUCACGAGGGCACCUACGGAAAUCAUUCAGGCACUGAAUCAUUGGUUCAAAAGGUGAUCAGAGAUGGCUAUUACUGGAUUGACAUGGAAAAAGAUGCGAAGGAGUUCGUACGAAAAUGUGACAAGUGCCAAAGAUAUGCUGUGAUAAUACACCAGCCCGAGGAACUGAUGCAUUCGGUCUUGUCACCAUGGCCGGUCAUGAAGUAG